UUCUUUUUUUUAUUCGAUUUGAUUCGACGGACGCGCGUCUUCUGUAAUGGCAGCAGUGCCGAUGGUCGCGAAGAAAAUUUUCUAAUAUUUUCGAUUUGUGGAAAAAGCGUAGCCGAUCGACUUCUGCUUUGUGUUCUAGUUAGAUUUGUUAAUCGAGAGGAAGGUUUUACGGUAGUUCCGAUAGGUAUUCGGGUUUUGUGUCGAGUUUAAAAUCAAGGAAAAAGAAAAGAAAAAUCAGCGAAUGGUGAAGAUGUCUUCCUCGUCUCCCUUCGGUGCUGCCCUGGUUAACAAUUCGACCCACCAUAACAACAACAACAGCAGCAGCAGCAAUCUUCAUCCGGAUCAGGAUUCGAUAUUCGAAGCUGAUGGACCGCAGCUGGAAGUGGUGAUGAGCAGCAGCAACAAUAACAACAGCCAUCCGGAUUACUUCGAGGAUGGUCCCGGAGGAAUGACGAUAGACGAUGACAACGUCGACGAUAGCGAGGAAGAUACGGAGGAGGCUAGUGAGACCGAGAUGGGUUCCAGCAGCAGCCACCAUCGGAGCCUGGAUGAACCGAUCGAGAUCAAGGAACAGAUGUACCAGGACAAGCUGGCCUCGCUCAAGAAGCAGCUGGAAGAGCUGCGUUCCGGUUCGCACCCGGAGUACGUCCGGCGGGUCAAGAAGCUGGAGCAGCAGUACAGCGAGCGCAUCCGUCUGAAUGAGAUCUACCGUGAGUACCUGAUCAGCUGCGUCGAGCGGGACUACAUCCUGGAGAAGAAUGCCGCCGUCAAGGAGUACGAGGAGAAGAAGAUCGAUCUGAAGGAAAAUCUGAUGACCGAUUUCGAGGAGCGGCGGAAGAUGAUCGAAACCGAGAGGGCUACGAUGGAACUGGCAGGGGAAUCGAUUGAUGUUAAGCCUACCAUUACCAGGAAGCUGCGGCGCCGUCCUAACGAACCGCUUCCGGUGCCGGAAAAACGUAGAAAACCGACAAGUGGUCAGUUGGUGUUGCUUUUGGACGAGAAGGAAGUUGAAAAUGAUCUGAAACUCAUCAGCCGCGGGAAGGCUGUGCAGGCAGUUCGUGCCCAAAAUGCCGCUGCAGCUGCUGCGGCCGCGGCUGCUGCUGCCGCUGCUUCAUCUUCAGCAGUUGCAGCUGCCAGUAGCAACGGAAUAUCUCUACCAAAUAAUGUGCCGCUGCCAACCGGUUUGGCCGCCAGUCAAUCUUUGAACAACUAUUCGAUCAAUUCGAACAGCGGUAGCGUAUUGGGAAUGCCCAACUCCGCUGAAAUGAUGGGAAUAUCGGCGCUUCCAUCGUCAACCGUGAGCAUCCAACCGAUUCAAGCAUCCAGCUCGACGAGCAACAGUAUUUCGAUUCCGAUUACCGCUAAUCAAACAUCACAACAGCCGCAACAACCACCGCAACCUCAGCCAACAACGACACAACAGCAGCAAUCUCAGCCGCAGCUGCUGCAACAGGUUCAACAACAGCAACCGCAGCAGCAGCAACAACCACCACAACAAAUGGUACAGCAAAAUCCGCCACAGACUUCAACGCCUCAACCCCAACCUCCGGUGGUUAUUCCAAGUCCUCAACAGCAACCACCAGCUGCAGCAGUGGCGCCCCCGAACAACAACCUCUCACAACAAAAUCAACAACCGGUGUCCCAAACACAACAACAAUCGCAGCAGCAACAACAACCGCAACAACCCCAACAGCAACAGCAAGGCCAGCCACCAUCCGUCGAAACGAAGAUCGAGGACGGGAAACUGCUGUACGAGCGCCGCUGGUUCCAUCGGGGACAGCCGGUCUACGUCGAGGGAAAGGACAUUCCACGCUUCCCGGCCAACAUUAGCGCCAUCGGGAGCGAAGCCAUCUGGGUCAAGAAGACCUCGGACGGGCAGAAGGUGCGCAUUUUAACCAACCAGCUGAGCCGGGGCAAGGUUUCUAUCAAGCGGCGGGCCAAUUGAGCUGGAAGCCAAUAAGUCAGUCGGUGUUGCAGUUUCAUGGAUUUUAAAAUGAAUUAUUCGGCCUCGUUUCCGCGAAAAUGAUGAAGUUUGGGCCAGGUGUCCCGAAUCUAGUAUAACAGUUUCGCACUAGCGACAGUUGAGUUGGUAGUUGAAAAACAAACUAACAAAACUAAACAAUCAAUGAUAAUCGAAGGUAGAACCGAAGUUUCUUUUCAAAUUGUCUUUAUAGGAUGCACAUACAAUUCAGAUAGGUUAGUCUUGGUUUUUUAA